UACACUAAUGUGUGAUCAGUAACACUCUGCAGCCAUUGUAGAAACACAGAUCCCUGAUCGACAGUGGAGCGAGGCUGCCGCCCUUUUUAGAUAGCCCUAAUUCUCUUAUGCCGUGAUGUCAAUGCAGUCAAGGGGAUUGUCAGCUUCUGUGCAACUGUCACCGCAUUCUGCGCUGGUCGAAAUGUCUCUUAACUCAACAGAUCCGACAAUAGGCGGCGGAAGCCCCUUAAAAGACUGGAUGCCUCGCCUAGCUGAGUUCUCAUGUGGCGCCUCCGAUAGCCCUCGACUGCCAUCAAGCGGCGGCGGCGGCACGCGCAAUAGCGGUAGUCAGCGACCUCUAUCUCGCGUGUCCCUUUUCGGCAAUUCUGGAAGCGGGGUUGGGAGGAACUUGAUGGAUCGGCUGCAGCAGCAGGACGGCGCGGAUCAGAUUCAGCAGCAGCAAAGACUCGCCUCGCACGCUGGCCUUUCCGCGGGGAAGGCGCUCGGCCCCUCCUCGGCUGCAGAGGUCCAGUCUCCUUCCAGCAUGCCCCUCGGAUCCAAGAUCGUUGCCUCCGAGGUCCCCGAAUCGUCUCCCAUAAGUGUGCUAUUUUGUCCUCAGACGCCGUCGUCGUUAGCAUCACCCGAGUUCCGUUUUGGUGCAAACCCCUCGCCGGAGUUCCUCUCGCCCAUGCGCAUGCCGGCCUUCCAGCAGCUGCUCCCCUCGCCUCUCUCCCAAUCCUUUUCUCUUGCCGACACGCCAGCCAAAGCGCCCGCCUCCGCGCCAGCUACUUCCGAGCCCUCGUCGGCGACCUUGGCUACAACGUCGUUUCUUCCACCGCAAUUGCCGUCGCCGUCGCCGUCGGCGAUGGACGUAGGCAGUGCGGCGCCGGAUGUGAAGGCGCACGCGCACAUUGUAGAGGAGGAGAGCCUUCCGCAGCUGGCGCAAGCGGGAGCAGGGGUUGGCAGGGGCGCGGAUCAGAUCGACGCGAAUCGGGGCGUUCUCGACGGCGCGCUUGACGCUGGCGGUAGUGAGAAGUGUUUCUUGCGGCCCGCCCUGCCGCCCCUUAACAUCGACGCGUGCAGCAGAGGGAACAAAAUGCGCCGCGGCCACCUGCCGCCCAUCCCCCUGCCGCGCAACCCGAGCUACUCCAAGGAGCACCGUCUGGGUCGCAGCGGCAGCGGGCGCAGCAGCGGCGCCUUCGAGGAGCUCCUCCUCGCCGCCUCCGCCGCCUCGCCCUCCGCGCACCCGUCGCCGUCUGGCAGCUCGGGGGGCUGGCACUGGCAGAGCCUCAGCCAAGAGCUGCGGUCGGCGCAGCAGGCAUGGUCGCUGGAGGGCAGCGGAGUGGCGGAGGAGGGCGGGUGGGGGGCGCAGCAGGCGGAGUGGAUGGUGGGCGGGGACGACGAGGGGCUGGGGUCCGCGGAGUCGCUGCAGCUGAUGCGGCAGUGGGAGGCGGAAGUGGAGGGGCUUCCGCUGACGGUGGGAGGGACAGUGGUGAUGGGCAUGGGGGGCGAGGAGGAGGAGGAGCCGGGGUCGCCCAGCACGCCCAGCAUGGCGCCGCGCUCCACGGACCUCGAGUGCCCCGACGCGCCCAACUCCAGGGUGCGAGGGGAGAUGUGUCGCACGAGCAGCCUGCACGACACGAAGCUGCUCAUGACGACGCAGCUCAAGCGGUCGCACUCCAUAUUCCUCUUCGACCGCCACUUCGAGUUCGUGCGCGAGAUAGGCCGAGGCUCCUACAGCAUGGUGUACGAGGCGCGCGACCGCAAGGGCGGGUCGCGGUGCGCGGUGAAGGUGAGCAAGCGGCAGUUCCGCAGCAAGGGCGAGCGCGAGCGGUACAUGCACGAGAUUGAGAGCGUGGCGAACGUGCCCGAGCACCCGCACAUCGUGCGGUACUACCGCGGGUGGCAGCAGGACAGCCACUUCUACCUGCAGAUGGAGCUUUGCGACAGCGGCAGCCUGCGCGCCCUCCUGGACUCGCUGCAGCACCCGCUGCCCGAGGAGCAGGUAUGGAGGUAUGCCCGUCAGGUGGCGUGUGGGUUGGAUCACAUUCACCGCAGGGGUGUGCUGCAUCUGGACAUCAAGCCCGACAACAUCUUCAUUGACGCCCAUGGCAAUCUCAAGAUUGGUGACUUUGGGCGGGCGGUGUGGGAGCAGCGGUGGGAGUGGGAGGAGGGCGAUGGGGGGUACCUGGCGCCGGAGUUGCUGCAGGACGAGCCGCCCACCACGGCCACCGACAUGUACAGCUUUGGCGCCAUGCUCUUCGAAAUGGUAUUCACCACUCGCCUCCCGCGCUCUGGCCUCCCGCCCUCCGCCUGCCCCUCUCCCUGUGGUGCGCCGUCCCCUUUCAGCUCGCACGGUGCCCCCUCACCCUACGGUAUGGCGUCCCCCUUCAGCCCCUCCCCCUACUGCGUCGCCUUCUCCUCUGCAGCCCCGUCGCCUGUGGCCUCUGCCCCAGGUCGCCCCAACUCCGGCUUCCCCCCGCCGCGCUCCACCUCCCGGGGGGCAGGCAGCCCAGCCAAGGGGGGCAGUCCGCUGAAGGGGGUGGGGCAGCGGGGGGGCAUUGGGGGGAGCCCUGUGAAGCACAUGGUGGGCAGUGGCAGCCCUGUGAAGGCAGGGGCGGAGGGAGCUGGCAGCCCUGCAGAGAGGGACACAGGAGGCAGCCCGGGCAAGUGCAUGGGGCGUAGAGGGAAUGCAGGGCUGGCAGGGGCCGUUGCAGCUGCAGCAGGGGGAGUGCAGGGGAAGGAGUGGAGUGCCGCUGCAGCGGCUGCAGCAGCAGCUGUGGCAGCUGCAGACGCAGCAGUGGGAGCGGGGUGUGGGCGGUCAGAGCAUUUGAGGGAGCUGGUGUUUGCGCUGCUGCAUGUGGACGCACAGGAGAGGCUGCAAGCGCAUGAGGUGGUGACCAUAGCAGACGCCGUGCUGCGCGGGGAGGUGGACCUGGGGCAGGGCUGCAUGGGCAAGGCUCGUGAAGGGGACCAGCACACACAGCAGAUGCAGGGGGGGGUGGUGCACACAGCAAACAACGAGGAGGUGAAUUGUGAAGAUUGUGAAGCUGCUAUGGCAUUAGAUUGAGUUGCUUGCAGCCCAUAGGGAAAGCUUUUUCUAGUUAUGGUGAUGGGCCAGGGCCAGGGCCUAUCAUUUGCCAGACAUCUGGAUGUGUUGCUCAAUGGCCAGAAAAAGAGAAUGUUCAAGUUCAAGACCAGAUGAACGGUGUCUACUAACUUGUACAAGUCGGCAAAUACCGAAAUCGCCCUAGGGUCUUAAUUUGUAUACUAGC